AUGCGGUUACCAGGUGUCUCGAGGGGGCUCAGACCCGGCCGCAAGCCCCUAGUUUCUAUCCCCCGGUCCCAUCGGCGCGCCUACAAUCUCGCGGUAGUCGGCGGUGGCAUCACCGGCCUCACGUCUGUGUGGCAGGCGUCACACGACCCGCAAUGCACCGGCAUCACGCUCUACGAGAAAGAGCCCCGACUCGGGGGAUGGCUCCAGUCUGAGAAAAUUCCUGUCGAUGGCGGGCAUGUGCUAUUUGAGUAUGGCCCGCGCACGCUGAGAAGCUCGUUCCCGGCUUCACUGCCUCUCAUUAACAUGAUCACGGAAUUAGGCUUGCUUGACCAGGUCAUUACGACCUCUAGAAAGAGCUCGGCGGCGAGGAACCGUUUCAUCUACUAUCCAGAUCAUCUCGUCAAAAUUCCCUCCCUAGACCUAUCCUCGAUCACGAAUAGCAUCAACAGUAUCACGCAAUUAUUUCAAACACUCCAAGCUGAACCUCUUUUUAAGAAUGCAUUGUCAGGCUUUCUUCUCGAACCUACCCAGCCGUCACGACCCCCUUCUGAAUGGCAAGAAGAUGAGUCCAUCGCAAGCUUCAUUUCCCGCCGAUUCCAUCCAAACAUAGCAGAGAACUUGCUUUCUGCCGUGAUGCACGGUAUAUAUGCCGGAGAUAUCGAUCAAUUGAGUGCCCAGACCAUUCUUGGCUCUCUUCGAAACUUAGACGACGUCGGCAUCUUUCGAGGCAUGUUCGAUCGUGCUGUUCAACAAAAGACGUCUGCACUCAUGGACGAUUUCAUUGGCUCGAGUUUGAUAAGCCGGACUCAGAAGUCAGAAGAAUUCUUACCUGAACGGGCAGACGUGGUACGGGCUUCUACUUUUACCCUCAAGGGAGGAACACAGCAGCUUGUCGAGGGUCUGGAGACUGCCUUAAAGAAAUCAGACAAAGUCAAGAUCAUGACCGGCACAGAUAUCAAGUCCAUGAUCCAGCGGCAAGGCUCUGACUCAAUAAGCAUCCAAACAGCGAAGUCCGGCACUGAAAGGUUCAACCGCGUCAUUGCUGCCCUCCCUACGCCUGCUUUGUCGAAGAUCUUGGAGUCAAGAACAAAUCAUCCCAAUCAAAAGGCCCCACCUUACGACACGAUCAAUAAACUUCAGGCGCAUAAUUACGCUACCACUAUCAUGGUGAUCAAUCUUUAUUACCCGAAUCCCAACCUUCUACCCGUCGAAGGAUUUGGUUAUCUGAUUCCUCGCUCCAUCCCAGCCGACCAGAACCCCGAGUGCGGCCUAGGCGUGAUCUUCGCUUCAGCUACCAGCACCGGCCAGAAUGCUCUACACCCGGACCGCGAUGAAUCGCAAGAUACCGCUCCUGGCACCAAAUUGACCAUCAUGAUGGGUGGCCAUUAUUGGGAUGGAUGGAAAGACAGCGACUAUCCAGACCAUGACUCGGCUGUGAAAAUGGCUCGCGCCAUGCUCCAGAGACAUUUGGGCAUCACAGAUGCCCCCACCUUGGCGCGAAGCCGGUUGCAGAAAGAUGCCGUUCCUCAGUACACUGUCGGUCAUCUUGAUCGCAUGUAUUCGUUGUCCAAAACUGUCCGCAACGACUUCAAUCGCCGGCUCGUUCUCGCUGGGAACUGGUACGCCGGUAUAGGUGUGGGUGACUGCGUGAGAUCGGGUAUUCUAGCUGCAGGACUCGGCACCGGUCGCAUGACUCUGCCCGCAAAGACGGAGGAUGGCCAGCCGGGUGGACCUUGGACUGAAUACAAUUAUCGGGAUUGGGAUUUCGAAGGCGGCAUUCCUACAGCUCCGGUCCGACUUUUCGAUUAUGAUCUUAAGUCAACUAGAGUGCGUUGA